AUGGUGAAGGAGAAUGAGUAUUAUGACAUCUUAGACGUCAAAACUGAUGCUUCCGAAGCUGACAUUAAAAAGGCUUACUACUUAAAGGCAAGAAAAGUUCAUCCUGACAAGAACCCUGGUGAUCCUCAAGCUGCUAAAAACUUUCAGAUACUAGGAGAGGCUUACCAGGUUUUGAGCAACCCGGAGAAGAGAGCAGCUUAUGACAAAUAUGGCAAAGAAGGUGUUCAACAGGAUGCAAUGGUUGAUCCUGCAGCUGUGUUUGGUAUGCUUUUCGGAAGCGAAAUCUUUGAAGAAUACGUUGGGCAACUUGCACUUGCUUAUUUGGCAUCAAUUGAAGCUGACUUAGAAUCAUACGAGCCUGAUAUCAGAAAGCAAAUGCUUCAAGACAAGAUCAAAGCUCUUCAGAAGGAGAGGGAAGACAAGCUCGCUGCUACGUUGAAGAACAAGCUCGAACCAUUUGUGGAAGGACGUACCGAUGAGUUUACCGAAUGGGCAAACCAAGAGGCAAAGGGUCUUUCUUCUGCUGGUUUUGGGGAGGCAAUGAUGCAUACAAUUGGUUACAUAUACACAAGAAAAGCCGCUAAAGAAAUAGGGAAAGGAAAACGGUUUUUGAAAGUGCCCUUCUUAGCUGAAUGGGUGAGAGACAAAGGACACCACAUGAAAUCUCAAGUCAUGGCUGCUUCUGGUGCAGUCUCGUUGCUUCAGUUGCAGGAUGAAGUGAACAGGUUGCAUGAACACCAAGGAGAUAACAAAGAGGAGCAUAUUCAGAAAGCCAUUGAAGCUAAAAUGGAUGCUUUGCUUCAAUCCCUUUGGCAAAUCAAUGUUCUUGACAUUGAAUCCACUCUCUCUCACGUCUGCCAAUCUGUGCUUAGAGAUCCAAGUGUUUCCAAAGAUGUACUUCGAGCUCGAGCAGCAGGACUGAGGAAGCUUGGAACGAUCUUCCAGGGUGCUAAGAAGCCAUACACGAGAGGAAGCAGCUUACGUCACGAGGACGUGAAACUGGACACCGGAGGUUCUUCAAAGGCGACGCCUUGA